UGCUGUGUGCUAGCUGGAUGAUGUGUGGACCAGCAGAAGGAGAGAGGAGCGUGGCAGGCUAGUCUUCCUCCUCAUAUGGCAGCAGUGUUGGUGAAAUGUCCGUUUGUGUGGCCGCUGUUGUGGCUCUGCGUCCGGCUGUCCGAGACCCAAAACACCCGAGUCUCUAUGGACGAUGACAUCCUGCUGCCUUACAGCCACGGCCACGGUCCCUCCCACUCUCACCGCCAUGUCAGAGACUGUCAGCCACUUGUUCACGGCAACGUCACCCACGAGAGCUGGCCCUCCAGUGACCACAGUGGGCUGCCGGUGGCGGAGUCCACAAAGUUCGUCUCGGCUGUGGCGGAAAACACCAGAUGGGUUUACGGUCACAUGACGGUGGUCCACGACCCGCUGAGGGCGGUGUCGGUAUUAGAGCCAGGUGGGCCGGGCGGCUGCGGGAUGAAUCAGAGAGCCACGGUGGAGGAAACGGCUGAGGCUGCCGGGUGUCUGUAUGCCCAGAACGCCGGCUUCUUCAACACAAAAACAGGCCAGUGUCUGGGCAAUGUGGUGAGCGACGGCAGUAGGGUCCAGGACAGCGGCGGGCUGCAGAACGCACAGUUUGGAAUCAGGAGAGACGGCACUCUGGUGUUUGGCUAUCUAUCACAGGACGAUGUUUUGGACCAGUCCAACCCAUUCGUCCAGCUGGUCAGCGGUGUGGUGUGGCUGUUAAGGGGCGGCGAGGUUUACAUCAACCAGAGUCUGAUAGCUGAGUGUGACAAGUCACAGGAGACGGGGCAAUUCCGCACUUUUGUGGACGUGGUGUCGGCGAGGACGGCGGUGGGCCAUGAUGCCGAGGGCAGACUCAUCCUGUUUCAGAUCGAUGGACAGACUGGAGUGAGGGGUAUGAAUCUUUGGGAGUUGGCUGACACUCUGAAGAGCUACGGGGUCAUCAAUGCCAUCAAUCUGGAUGGAGGCGGAUCUUCCACAUAUGUGACUGGUGGCAAAUUGGCCAGCUAUCCCUCUGAUCACUGCGAAUCAGACGGCAGGUGGCGUUGUGCUCGGCCCAUCUCCACCAUCUUGUGUGUUCACCAGCGACGCUGCCAGCCAGCAAACUGCAGCGGACACGGAGACUGUGUGGACGGACGUUGUCGGUGUCAGGAGGGCUGGCAGGGUGCCGCCUGUGACUCUCUGGUGUGUCAGCUGCCGGCCUGCGGUGCUCAUGGCAUCUGCACUGCCAAUGGUUGUGUCUGCGAUGCUGGAUGGAGAGGAAAGAACUGCAGCCAAGAGUGCCUCCCGGGUUUCUAUGGUGACGGCUGCAAUCAAACCUGCGCCUGUGUCAACGGCGGCUCCUGCGACCCCGUCCACGGACGCUGCACCUGCCCUCCUGGUUUCCACGGCAACACCUGUGAACAAGUGUGUCCGCUGGGUUUCUUCGGCCCAUCCUGUGCUCAGGAGUGUCACUGUGACAACCAGUGUCCGUGUGACCCGCAGACAGGAAGCUGUAACGCCACACUGCGAGGAGAGACCAACUACACCUUACACAGAGCUGGACAGUGUCUAGCCAAGAUGUUUACAUCUUGGAGACAGGAUGAAGACGCUCACAGGGAGCAGCCUCAUCUCACAGAGCGUACCUGGCUGAUAAUCACCUUCAGCCUGGCCAGUCUGCUGUCCAUCAGCCUGCUGGUUCACCUCGUGCAGGCAUGUCGCGGCUCAGCGGUCGCUCACUUCUCCGAGCGACGAGACUACUCCUUAGUCCCGCUGACCGACAUCAACGGAGCCGCUGCACGUUCCCGAGCAAGUGCCAAGAAAUCCGGUUUGGUUUUGGACGACUCAGACUCUCAGGACGAAAUCUGGUCGCCGUCAGGCUCGGGGAGGUUGUAGCUGUCAGGAGGACGAAGAGCGAGGGCGCUCUGUUUUUGCACAAAGAGAAACAACUGAAGCUCAGUGUUCCUCUGCUUAAUUUAAUUUCCACCGACAAUCCUGCUGAAAUGAAAAGGAAGCUAAAUGACGAAGCACAACAGAUUGGUCACGUGUCUGCUGACAUUCACUGAUGAUGAUGAUGAUGAUGAUGAUGAUGAUGAUGAUGAUGAUGAUGAUAGUGAUGAUUGCUCACGUCUUUGUUUACAGCCGAGGCCUUUUAAUCUGCUGAUGAAAGGACAGCCAGGGGUCAAAGCUUUAUUUUGUCAGGGACCUGGAUGCCUCAGCUCCAGGUAGGACGAGCUUUAUAAUUAGUUGCCAUGGAUACCAAUGAACUUUGAUCUCCGACCGGCGGCCUGUGUCACAAAGUUAUCCAGAUUUCUUUGAGCUUAACUCAGGUGUUUCCAGUAUCAGGAAGCUGGUUCACUUUUCACCGGAGUUUAUCACCAUGGUAACUCCGAUUGAUCACCGUGGUAACCUAUGCUGAACAGCUGCCCCGCUCCAACUUCAACAGCAGCUCGACAACUGACCAAUCAUUUCUACAGGAUCCUUACAGGGACAAAAGUAGUGAGUAAUAUAAGAGACAUUUUUAAUAUAUAGUUGUCUUUUUUACACAACCACAUUAAAACCUCUAACAAACAGCUUAUAGUGAAACCACGACUGUUCAUGUAAUGGCAAUUAUAGCUGCAUAUUAGGCCUUAGUUUAUUUUAUAGAUAUUAUUUAGUCGGUUUAACAUGUAAUAAAGAUCCGUGGAGCCCCUAAUCUCAUGCACAAGAUAGAAAAAUAUCACCUUUUAGGUCCUUAGGGUCAGGGUUGGGGUGUUACGUUACGUUAAGUUACGUAGUUAAAAUACAAAAUGUAUUCUGUUACAGUUACAGAUAGUGGUAUUCUGAACAUAGUUACUGUCUUUAAAAUAGAUUACUUGACGGGAUUACUUUCUUUAAUUUGCUCUAACACUGUGUUCUAACUGAACUCAACCUUAGCGAGCUUCAGUUUGUUGUAUUGAAAUGUUCCAACCGGCUGUGAGCGACACAGCGCUGCUGUGUUGAGCUAAAUUUUUGUCGGGUGCCUUGUUUGUAUUAAUGCUUCUCGCUCUUGAUGAGGAAUGGCUGAUUCAUGAAGUCAAAAUGAGGAAUUAUCUCCACAAUAACUCCUUAUUUAACUAUAAAAACAGGGGUGGAGCCCUUCUGUGCAGAGUUUGCAUGUUCUCCCUGUGUCAGCAUGGGUUUCCUCCAGGUGCUCCAGCUUCCUCCCACAGUCCAAAGACAUGCAGGUUAAUUGGUGCCUCUAAAUUGUCCGUAGGUGUGAAUGUGAGUGUGAAUGGUUGUCUGUCUCUAUGUGUCAGCCCUGUGAUAGUCUGGUGACCUGUCCAGGGUGAACCCUGCCUCUCACCCAGUGUCAGCUGGGACAGGCUCCAGCACCCCACGACCCUCAACAGGAUAAGCGGUUACUGAAAAUGAAUGAAUGAAUGAAUGUAAAAAUGACCAUCUAACAACAACCUACUUGUUGUUGGCUAUAUUGUACGUCAUUUCCAGUAAAUAUCAAAAUAUAAAACAUUUUUCUGCUUAAAAAGUACGAAUGCAGAAAGAUGGCGAGCACUCACUCGUCUUUACAUGGUUACAUCUCCAGUCAAGUGCACAGCUGAUAGGUAGCCUACGUGUUUUUUCUUUACACAACAUAACAGUAAUGCAUAUUUAACAGAUUCAGUGUGACACAGAGUGACUCUUUAGGACACAGUGUUAAAUUCAUGUGAGACAUUUCCCAUGAACACAUUAAAAAAAGUGUGUGCAGUGCAGCUGCCACACAAUAUAAGACCCAGACAAAUGAGCUCAGCAAGAUAAUUUUGAAGUAUUCAGAAAGUAAUCCAAAGCAUUCAGUAAUCUAAUGGAAUACAUUACAAAUUACAGUACAGGGCAUGCAGUCAGUAAUCUGUAGUGAAACAUGUUUUAAACUUUAGGGGCUCCAUUAAAAGGAUCAAAAUGUCUCAAAACUCACUUCAAACUACAAGUUGAUGAUGUACUUAAAGAAGUCUAUGUAAUCAUACUCAGACUGUAUUUGGAUAUUUUUCCUUUCCUUGCUGAUUGAUCUCACUAAAAGUCGCAGGUAUCAGGGUUUUUCUCAUGUUAUAUUAAAUGCUUGUACACGCUCCUAUCUGGAUCAGAAACCAGCUUCAUGAUACCACUGAUCCAGGAUCACCUGUGUUAAGCUCCGUACAGCCAGGUAACCCAAAAAGAGCCAGACUUAGUUGGAUGUGCGUCACGACACAGACUUGUAAGUUGAACUUGCUUUGUCAUACAGGCUCCUGGAAAGAUGGUGUUUUGAGCUCGUUGCCACGUAAACAGAUGAACUUUGAACUCGAACCAUGACGUUCAAAACAAACAGUUACUGAGGGGUUUUUUAUCAGACAGUUUCUUAUCAACACGAGGAUUUUAAGAUGUUUCGUCAGACUGCACUGAGCUCUGAAUGUAAAAAGAGGUUAAUGUGCACAUUUCAUAUCUGAUGUAAAAAUUCAAGAAGCACAAUUUUCUUCAAGGUGCCACGAAUAUGUGCUCGGUUUAAACUUCUCUGUAGAGCUUUGUAUCUUAUCAAGAUUUCUUACCGCUGACCGAAAAAACAUUCUUUAUAAUGUCAUUUGUAAAUGUCACCAAAUCUCCUGGUAUGUAACAGACAGGUUCUUUUUCCCUGUUUUAAACAUGUUAAUAAAUGUGAAUAUCAGGAUUCAUUUUUGAAAACUAGAUAAA